AUGGCUCAAACUUACGCUGAAGUAGCGAAAAAAUCUCAUAAUGAAGUGGAUGCUACGGAAGAUACAGAAGCUGAUUUGAUAGUUAACAAUUCGAAUUUGCAAAAUUCCGUAAAUAACCAAGUUCGAAUUAAUGGUACCGAUUAUAAUAAUAAUCAAUUCGAAGAAGACAAAUCAUCCGAAAAUUUUGAAGCCACCUUGAGUUUAAAUCGUGAUGUUUUUGAUUCUGAUACUACCCGUUCUAUUGAUGACAAUAAAUCAAAGGAAACAUCUCGCAAACGAAGUAAAGGUGGAAAACGUAAAGUUUCAAAGAAAGUAAUAGCAUUGGGAGUUGCUGUUGAUAUCGUAAUUGCUGGAUUGGUUACGAGCUGGAUAAUUAAGAGGCCAUCGGUUAAUAAAACACACGUAGGCUUGGGUACCGUUGGGUUAGGAUUGUUCUAUGGAGCUCAAUGUUUCUAA